CUGACUCGCAACUUGAGAGCCGAGAAUUCAUCGCUGCAGUUCCUGGCUCCAACCAGACCAACCCCCAACCCCUCUGCUCUGAGAAGGCCACAAAGUCUCUAAGCCGCCAACCUCGGGCUUGAAGAAACCGCAUCUACCGCCUCUGUAGGCGCGUCCUCGACUGUUUGCCGUCCGCUUUCCUGGACAAAUGCGCGACCGCGCGCGUUCUAUUCUCCUCGCUAGACUAAGGAGCCAGCUGCGGGGCAGCGAAUCAAUGCGAAUAUGCUGAACAAGAAAUCCGCCUUCAAGCCCAAGGCUGCCGUCCGCCGCCCUGCUGCUGGACCCGCGUCUCAGGGUGCCCAGCGCUCCUCGGCUACAGAGCCAUCAAAGGCACCAGCGCCGCAAGAUCAGGACUCGUCGUCGCAACCGCAGUCUGCCCCGCUCCCAGUUCCCAGCGCCGCUCCCGAUGUUCAUCUCCCUGCCCGGUCGGAGAAUGACCCGAAUGAGGCUGCCGAACCGCGUUCACACGUGCACGAGAAGCAGCCGGAGUCGCCUGCGGUUGAGCCGAAAGUUCAAGCCAAGAGAAUCGCGGUCUCAUCAGCGGUCGUCCUCGAGACAAACGAUGAGCGGUCCGCAUCCGUGCCGGCCAACGUCCAGCCCGAGAAUGUUCCGACGCAGAGCGUUCCGGUUGUGCAGCAGCCGGCACAGUCGGCGGUGCCUGUUGGCGAUGCGUAUGUCAGUGCAGAAAUCGUUUCAGACAAGCAAUCAGCAGCAGAACAAUCAGCAGCAGCAGCUACCGUUUCUCCAGAGACAAGUGCGACUCUGACAAGCAGCACAACCUCCACAACCCCGAGCGAGGAGGCACAACCGACUGCAGGAGCCAGCUUGGCGCCGGCAUCGGAACCCUCUGAAGCCGUAAAAUCAACGCGAGGCCGGAAACGCACGGCAGCUGCGCCGUCCGGUGCAGACUCAAACGAACAAAGCACCGUCGCCCCUCCGAAGAAAAGGGUGCGAAAGCGGGCGGCUCCUUUACCGGGCGAAGAAGGAUACGAGCCCAGACAAAAACAAGCUGCUUCUAGGGAAUCGCGGAGCCGAAAGCGCAGCAGGUCUGCGACAGAGAACGGGGAAGCCGAGGCAGAUGGCGAGCGUGACACAGCCGGGCAACCGAAAAGGAGACCCCCGCCGAGAGCACACCGCGAGGCCACGCCGCCAGAUGCCGAGAACGUGGAGAUCGACAUCACCCAGGUGAAGAUGGCCGACCUGGCCAAGGAUAUGCACAUCGGCAAGAAGUUCAGCCUGCACGACGAGCUUAUGGAACGCGAACGGGCGAAGCGCAUGCGAUACAACGAGAGGAGGCGGCGGCGGCAAAACGGUGAUGAGGAUGUCGAUGGUGCAGAAAAUAGAGGCUCGCCCGCCGAUGCUUCGUCCGCCAACUCCCGCACCAGCGCCCAAGCGACCCCGGCCCCAACCGACACGGCAGCCGCUAACACGCCCACCGGGGGCACCCGCGCGCCCAUCGGAGAGCAAUACCAACUCAUCGGCGGCGAGAUCGUGCUCGACCACCGCUCCCUCCAAGUGGACCGCCACGCGCGCGCCCGCGAAGAAGCCGGCGAGCUCCUCGAGGUCGAAGAGAACGACUUCUCCCACCACACCACCUCGGCCACCUACCUGCGGCGCAACCUCAAGCCGCAGCAAUGGACCGACGAGGAGACCGAGCUGUUCUACCAGGCGCUCUCGGCCUUCGGCACCGACUUCGACACCAUCUGCCGCAUGUUCAAGGGCAAGACGCGCAAGCACAUCAAGCUCAAGUUCAACCGCGAGGAGCGGCUCGCGCCGGCGCGCAUCAACGCCGCCCUGGUCGGCCAGAAGACGGUCUCGAUCGACAUGGAGCAGUACCAGCGCGCCACCGGCCAGGAGUACGAGACGGCCGAGGCCAUCUACGCCGAGCAGCAGCGCGCCGAGGAGGAGUUUGAGGCCCGGCAGAAGGCGCUCGAGGACGAGAAGGCCGAGGAGGCGCGCCGCAAGAGGGAGGAGGUGCAGGCGCAACUGGACGGGGCCGUGAAUGGGGAGGGCGCGAAGAAGGGGAGGGGGAAGGGGAGGAAGAAGGCGGCCAGGGUGGUGGGCCUGUGACCUUUCCCCCCUUCUAUCGUUCCGUUUAUCGGCGCUCAAUCUUCUUCUUUUAUUCCUUUCCACGCCCUUCCCAGCGUUUGUCACCCUUCCCUGCACUGGCCUGUCCGGUCUCGCGCAAAUGCUUGGGGACUCGACGGAGACAGAACGGGCCGGAGCAUUCACACAGAUGGGAGGAAGGAAGCGGUACAAGGAACAAACAACACGACGGCGAAGACCGGAUAUCUGUUGUUGAUGAGUAACAACUCGGAUGGAUGGGUGGAUGGAUGGAUGUGAAUCGGGCUGACCCCCUUCCCCAUCCAUGAUAUUUUGAUACCCUUUUGGCCGCCACUGGCGUUCCCCAAAGAAAAAAACUGAUAGUUCCUCGGAUCUCAGUUUUGGAGGUGUCUUAUGGUUGAACGCCAGCAAGAAAUAGAACCGAGGAACAAAACGGGUGGUUUGUCGGUCAAUGAUAUAGGAGUGGUCACUUGUAUGGGAGAGCGGAAUUGAGACGAUGUCCUGGCCCUUCCCCCCACCAGUCACAUACCGUUGAACUCGUGCAGGGAAACAGUGUGAAAUGCAGACGAUGACAAUCUGCGAUAUCCACGAGGUCAAUAGGUGGGCAUCAGUAGUGUAAUUCGAAG